GGAAACCACAUUUCUACAUAUUAUUUUGAAAGUGCACAACCGGAAAAGGUCCAACGCUGCUUGUUUUUUUUCCCCUCAGGGCUGCGAGGUAAAUCAUCACAAAGCUCUUCAGGAGGACUACUUCUGCAUUUAGUGUGUGAUUGAGUGUACGUGUCUUCAGCGUACUCUUGUCUGAGUGCUCGCGUGCUGCGCCAUCCUGCAGUGUGCAAUGUCUUCCGAGCUGCUUGUGGAUUUGAGCGAGGACCAGACGACAGCGCAGCUGGGCCACCUGAAGCUGGCCACAUUAGAGGACCAGCAGUGGCCGCCGGAUGAGUCAAAUCUCACCAAGUCUGAGACCGAUCUCUCUCAGCGGUUCGAUGCCAGUUCUCCCCACCUUCCGUGGGACCACCCCUUCUACGACAUCGCCCGGCAUCAAAUCAUCGAAGUUGCGGGUGAUGACAACUUCGGCAGAAAAGUUAUUGUGUUUAAUGCCUGCCGGAUGCCCCCCCAGCACCAACUGGACCAUCACAAGCUGCUGAUGUAUCUGAAAGGAACCUUGGACCAAUAUGUUGAAAGUGACUACACCCUGAUCUACUUCCAUCACGGGCUGACCAACGAGAACAAGCCAUCACUCAGCUGGCUACGGGAUGCUUACAGGGAGUUUGACAGGAAGUAUAAGAAGAACAUCAAAGCCUUGUAUAUUGUACAUCCCACCAUGUUCAUCAAGACCCUGCUGAUCCUGUUCAAACCCAUCAUCAGUUUUAAGUUUGGGAGGAAACUCAACUAUGUGAGCUAUCUGAGUGAGCUGGAGGACGUGGUCAAGUGUGACCAGCUCAUCAUUCCAGCCCGUGUCAAAGAAUAUGACAACAAGUUGCGAGCCUCCCUGAAGCCAAGCUCCCAGCCUCCUAUGUCUCCUCUUCGGAGUCCCCCUCUCCCCAACCAGGUCUUUGGGGUUCCCCUUGAAUUGUUGAGAAAGAGGAGUCCAGAUGGAGAUCCAGUUCCUGUAGUAAUGAGAGACACUAUAAGUUUCCUGUCAGAGCAAGGUCUAGAGAUAGAAGGAAUCUUCCGACGUUCGGCCAAUGUGACUUUGGUGAAGGAGGUCCAGCUCAGAUAUAACUCAGGGAAAGCGGUGAACUUCCGAGAGAUGGAAAAUGUCCACUUGGCGGCAGUCAUCUUGAAGACCUUCCUUAGAGAGCUGCCCGAGCCACUGCUGACCUACCAGCUCUACAAUGACAUUGUCAAUUUUGCCUCUGUGUCCAGUGACAGUCAGGUGACCGUCAUGAAGACACUGGUGGAAUCACUGCCAGAGGAGAACUACGCCACACUCAGAUACCUAAUCACAUUUCUAGCACAGGUAACCGCGAACAGUGACAUCAAUAAGAUGACCAACAGCAACUUGGCUGUGGUGUUUGGGCCAAACCUGCUGUGGGGGCGGGACAACGCCAUGUCACUCAGCGCCAUUGGCCCAAUCAACAACUUCACCCGGUGCCUGUUGGACCAGCAGCACCUGGUCUUUGCCUAAGUACGCUGUCAUUGUUGUCUGAAUCUCAACAUUGAUUAUGAGUGAGCCGUCGGAAAGCACUUAGACCAACACAGCCAUGUUCUAAAAUACAGAGAUACAUAUAUAUAAAAAGAAAAACAUCACCUGGAGAAUUUGAAAUCUGUCAUUUGUCAUUCACCAUUGUUCUCGGGCCCUUAGCAAUAUGGUUACUUUUCAACCUUAAGUUGGAAGGAUUUGUACUAAAACCAUGAGAGCACAACCUUGAAAAUGUAAUGCUGAAUAAUACAAUGCAGCACAUUUGCAAAAAAAAAAAACAUUGAUUUCUUUCAAAAAGGCAUUCCAGCUACAACUGCAUGUGUACAAAUAUUCAAAUAUUGUCAUGUGGAAUUGAUUGGGGGAAAAUGUGAUUACUUUUCAACACUUUGCUGUGGUUGAUCUCUGUUGUUUCUGUCAUGCAAAAAAAGAAAAAGAAAAGAAAUCCCAAUGAAGAAAAUAAGUACUUUAUGUGAAAAGCCUCAGGUUUAGUUGAAGUCGUGGUACCAAAUGUUGUGGACAAUCUUGCUGUAUUUAAAAAAACAAAAACUAAAGAAGAUUGGCUGUACUGUUGUAUUAACUCCUAAACGUCCGUGCUUCGGGAUUUGUGGCCCCUGUCGUGCAUGCGUCUGCUCUUCCUCUCUCACCCCUUGUGGAUUCAAUUGGGUUCUGUGGUUGGCGUGCAGGUUCUGUUUGUACGUGUACUGGCCUUUUGGAUUUUUUUUUUUUUUUUUUAAAUGAUUGUGUGCCAUUAAUUCCAAAUGUGAUGUUGUCCUUAAUGACCCAGUUUCUCUGUUCUGUCAGGUAUCAAAAGCCUAAAAAAAUAAAAAUGGGGGAAGCUGCACUUCAAUUUGGAAAUCGUCUGCCUUAGCAACAGUCUUAAGGGGGGGGGGCACUCUUGCGAUAGUCUGUCCCUUGAAGCCUUCUAUUGUAUAAUCAAUUACUUGAAACACUGGUAAACCCUCAGAAUAAUUAGCUAAAAUAUUGUUAAAUGCUAAAAUGUAUCAUUGAACUUAUUGUUUUACUUUACCAAUGGGGAAACGUUAAGUGUAAUUGUUGCACUGCUAUAUACUGUAUUAUUUGUGAGCGUGGGUGCGCGGGGGGGUCUGUCUAUGUACACAGUACAUUAUGUUUGCGUGUGUCUUAAUGCAUUUAGAAAGAAAAUAUGCCUGGGGCCGAUAUUAUAUAAACAUUUAAUGAACAGGGUUCCUGUGAGUGUAGGAGUGAACCUCAAACAAGUGCCAUUGAAGUUUCACACUUGCCGACCAAUCGCAUCUGUGUAUGAUCUAGUGAUAGUCGUACUGUAAUGAAUUGUCCUGGUGACAGUAGUAUGUUUUCUCUAUGGGAAAAAAGUAAUAUUUGCUUUCCAGGCUGACUUUUUUUCAAGAUUCUAAAAUUUUAUUUUUCAUCCUUUUGAUAUUUAGUCCUAAUGUGUAUGAUGAUGAAAAUAGUGUGUGUUUGUGGUAAAAUAUUAAAGAAACCUGAUGACCCGA